AUGAUUCCCGACUGGAUCAACACUUUUGCCGCCCAGCAUCCUCUAGGUGCUGUGAGCGCUAAUGCGAGCCCCACGGCCAAAAACAGACCGUUCACGGCUUGGAGUGCACUCGACGAUGUGAAGACAAAGGCCGACGACAUUGCCCACGAGGCAAGCCGGGAGUUUAAUGUCGCAAGCCAGAAAGCCCAGGAGAAGGCCGGCAAGAUCGAACCUGGCUCUCUGAAGUACUAUGCAGCUUGCACAUUUGGUGGAAUGUUGUCAUGUGGCCUUACCCACACUGCCGUGACACCCCUCGACCUGAUCAAAUGUCGCCGCCAAGUCGACUCCAAGCUCUACAAGAGCAACCUCCAAGCCUUCCGCACCAUCCGUGCAGCUGAAGGUAUUCGCGGCGUCUUCACUGGCUGGAGCCCUACCUUCUUUGGCUACAGUGCCCAAGGAGCUUUCAAGUAUGGAGGAUAUGAGUACUUCAAGGUCUUCUACAGCGACCUAGUCGGCCAGGAAAAUGCGAGCCGGUUCAAGACUGCCAUCUACCUGACAGCCAGUGCCUCGGCAGAGCUCAUCGCAGAUAUAGCGCUUUGCCCAUUCGAGUCUGUUAAGGUCCGCGGUCAGACUACCAUCCCCCCUGAGAUCACAGGAACUUUCAGUGGUAUCUCAAGCGUUGUUGCCAAGGAGGGCGUUGCUGGUCUGUACAAGGGUCUUUAUCCGCUCUGGGGCCGUCAAGUUCCCUACACGAUGAUGAAGUUCGCUUCCUUCGAGACCAUUGUUGAGAUGAUCUACCACAAUCUGCCAGGUCAGAAGUCCGACUACAACAAGGGUGCCCAGACUGCCGUUGCGUUCUCGGGUGGUUACCUCGCCGGUAUUCUGUGUGCUGCGGUAUCGCAUCCUGCCGAUGUCAUGGUCAGCAAGUUGAACGCGAAUCGACAAGCGGGUGAGGCAUUUGGCGCUGCUAUGAGCCGCAUCUAUGGUGACAUUGGCUUCCGGGGAUUGUGGAACGGACUGCCUGUUCGUAUUGUGAUGAUCGGUACUUUGACUGGACUCCAAUGGAUGAUCUACGAUUCAUUCAAGAUUUUCAUGGGGCUUCCUACCACAGGUCAAGGAAACAUCGGCCACGACACCACCGAAUACGUCGAUGGCGAGAUCGUCCGCGAAGGCCCCUACGGCGAUCAAGGUGAUGGCGCUUACUCCGCCGGCGUGAGUACCUCUCACUCCACCAAACCCAAGUCUCAACCUCCCACUGAUGCACGAGACUCUACCCAGCGAGGCGGCGCAGGAAAUAUCGGCUCCCCUAUGGUCAGACCCUCGUCCAGGGCUCCCCACGACGUCGAGAUGAUUCCCGAGCUUGCGGUGCGCGACUCAACGGAUGAGACAUACCACACCGGGCGUGGUGGACAGGGAAAUGUUCAUCUUGAUGAGGCUACGCUCAAGGAGAAGGAGAAGAAGAAGGUUGCGCAUGAGGGAUUGGCGGAUAAGUUGAAGUAUAAGCUGCUGGGGCGGAAGUAG